UUAAAAGGCAAUAGAUAACCAAUAUCACUAUCUCGAUAAUUAUUUAGGGUGAAAUAUAAUUUCAAAUAUUAUCGUGGCAUUAUGUUUUAACUGAUAUCUCGAACGUUAAGGAUCAAAAGAGAAUUUUGAGGAAAACCAGAGUAAGUUGCACAAUAUUAAUUCAAUGUCAGGGAAAUGCACAAGAUCAUUUGGCUUGAGGUUAUUGAAUUAUUUAUAAACGUCAACUAUCACAAAUACAUCAUUGAACAGCUUGCUUUCCAUUAAAGGGAACAAAUAACACUUUUCUGCUGUGCCAAAUGACCAAUUGCCACGAAAGUUCACCCAUCAAUUGCCACUUCGUUUUCUGAUACUGUUGGCCUCAGCUGAGACGCAAAACGUCGCUUUGGACGUCGCAUCAUCGUCUUUUCACGUUGAUAAAGUGAAACAAUGAAUACAACACUUCAAGAAAACGAUUCCAGCUUAGACAAUUGUCUGGAGUGCGAGCUGCAAGAUUGUCCGGUUGGAUUAAGUCAAACAUCACAGGUUAUUUUCACUUCGAUAUGUCUCAUAUCAGGCAUUUUUGCAAUUGGGGGAAACUUUGCGCUUCUGAUAGCCUUUUACCGUACCUCAGCGUUGAGCACGAGGGUUAAUGCUUAUUUCAUUGCUUCGCUCGCUUUUGCCGACUUCAUGAUCGGGUUGACAAUGACGCCAUUGUACAUCUGUUACGCAGUAGCUUAUGACACAUUGUGGCUCAUCAAGCUGGAAGGAUACCUCUGGAUUGUGACAGUAACAGCGACAACUUACAGCUUAAGCGCCGUGAGUUUUGAUAGGUUUGUAGCGGUCGUGUACCCCCUGCGUUACCACGGAGUCAUGACGGAGAAACGAUGCCGUGCUGUUAUCGUUUUUAUUUGGUUUGGAUCCGUUAUCUUUGGCUCGCCCAGGCUCGUUCUUGAUGACUUUGUAAAGCUAGAAAAACUAUGGAUCACCUGUUCUGUUGCCACGGUGGCAAUUCCUCUCACGAUCAUGUCUUGCUGUUAUGGCAAAAUUUUCUCAGUUGUUCGGAAACAGAGUCGUGCAGUUACCGAUUCACAUUUAUCAAGAACAAGCGUCGGCAACAAAAAGGCUGCUGUGACCAUCGGGAUUAUAGUCAGCUUGUUUAUUGCAACCUUUCUCCCAAGCGUUGUUGUAUACUUUAUGCUUUUAUUCGAAAAUGAUCUCUGUAAGGAACUCAUACUAAAUGAUGUGUGGUUGUGGGUUGCCCUUGUAUCGUUUACCCAUUCUGCAUUUAACCCUUGGGUUUAUGGACUCAGGUAUAGAGAAUUAAGACAUGCCUUAAAACAGAUUUUUCUUAAAGGCAAUGCUUAGUGUUCGUUUUCUCUUCAGAUGCAACUGUGAUAAAGUUGAACCUUUCCUCACGGACACUUGCGUAGUAAUACAGACAAUUCCAUAAUACAGGCAGUUCUCUUGCUCUCAGAGAAACCAACUUAACCAGCACUGCAUAAACCUGACACCUGUAAUACAGACGCUCAGCUCUGCCACACGUACUGGUGUCACUCCUUUUAAAGAUCAUGUUUUAGACUAUACCUCUGUACAAAGCGUCUGAAUUUGAUUUCUUGUCUCUAUGUUUUCUUAGCCGUUUGAACUCUAAGCUAACAGACCUAAAUAAAGAGUUAUAAUAAACAUGUUUCUGUUUACGUUUAGAACUA